AUGGAGGAACCUGAACCCAUAAACAUGCAACCUUUAGUUUCUCUGGUCAAACGUGUGUCUCGUGCGUUUUUUCAAAAUCAGCAUAUAAUAAUAAUGGACGAGCUGACCAAACAUGAUUCGUAUGGCGUGUUCUUUGAACUUACACGCGAAAAUGGAAACAAAGAAGGCCGAUCAACGACCAGUUCCCAAGACGUAUUAUUAUAUCGAUUGGCAUCAAUUUGUAAUGGUAACCAAAUGGAAACUUUACCAGAUCCGUCAAAAGGAACAAAUAAUGAAGGCUCUCUUUGCCUAAACUGUGGAAAGAGGUUCGCCGAGCUAGAUAUAAAAUUCCUGAUACAAGACGACAUGACCUUUGCGUGUGAUGUAUGUCAUUCCGAGAUACAACAAAAUGACAAUGCAAAUAAUUUGAAGGGAUCAGAGAAGUUGCAUGCAAGGUUUAUGGAGCAAUCAAAGCCUAUUAUUGAUUUGCUUAAGGAUAUAGAUAACAUAGAGAUACCCUCAUACGCAAAAGAUAAUCCCGGAUCAACAUCCUCAAUCUCAAUACUAGAGACCUCCAAUACCCCCGGAGUUACCAACGAUACUUCAAAUACGAAUUCACCCGGUAAACCGCAAACACCACAAACUAAGCAUUCGACAAAUGUAAAUACUUUUACGCACGAAACAAUCUAUCCAUCACCACCGGAUUAUUCGACAUCUUUCUCUGCGGAAUAUUCGACAACUGAGGAUGUUCUUGCUAUACAAGACCAAUCAUUUUAUAACAAUACCAAUGAUCCUUAUUACGAUAUUUCGGCUGAUAUUACUGAGCAUGAUUUCGAUUUCUUUGAUAGCAAUGUUGAUUAA